GUCCUAGUGGUGGCCACCUCGUUGAGUGUUGACGGGCGAAAACUGGCGUGGAAGCUUCUCUGGGAGUUGAGCCUCUGCCCUUUGCCUCCCACUCUCUCUUCCCAAGAGUUCAGCACGGAGAAGUAACUACAGAGUUUAUCACACCACCUAACUCUCCCUGAAACCACGUCCUAAUACCACUCGUUCACCAUGACUCUUCUUGGAGGAUCGGUCAUUGUUUUUCCCAAGCUCGAUCCCGCCAAAGACGCUUCACAAAAGGGCAAAAGAAAUCACGUUUGUAAUGUAUGCUCUAGAGCUUUCAAGCGAAGUGAGCACUGCAUUCGUCAUCAACGUGGACAUACUCAAGAGAAACCCUUUGGCUGUCGAGUAUGUCGUCGACGGUACAGUCGGAGGGAUCUUCUGGUCCGACACGAGAGGACUCUGCACACCCCGGAACAACUUGCCAGUGCAAUCGAGGAACAAGAACAACCGUCCAAGAAGCGAAAGUCCCAAGCACUGCCAUCUCCAGUUAGUAGUCCUUCGCGAAACUCGCUCCCUGAAUUAGAAGACGACCCUUCUCUUCCACUGAGAAAGAGUUGCGCUGCCGGUCCAAAGACCAACCAAGCAUCAACACCAUCCAAGGUUUCGACGAUAUCAAAUUUGCUCACUGCCAAUUCACCGACCACGAAUUCUGGUAGCCACCAACCACAAAUGAAGCGCAGAUCGGCAUCGCAGAGCUUGUCAGAUCAAUCCAGUUCUGUCGGUACCAUGCCGAACAUUGCCACUCCUCCGGCACAGGAACCCACCAUGAUGGGAGUCAACAUUGCAGAUUUCAGUGUCAGCCUGCCCGACCUCGACAAGAUGCGUACGUUUCCGACCUCGGUCCCUUUACCAGAUCUCGAUGGUGAUCUGGAAUUUCUUGACUUUUUCGAUCCAUUUCUCGGAAUGGAACCGAAACAGAUGGGAAAUUUCGCCAUUCCGCCUGUGAGCAUGAGUUUAGAGAGCUGGUCGCCCUUGGAACAUUUUUCUUGUUCAAGUCAGACGUCGAUGCAGGAUUAUGGUUUCCUACAAGCCACCGAACAUACGUCCACAGAGCCUGUCAUGAUUGACGGGGGCGAAGCGGCCUUAGCACAUGUGCCGGAGCAUGAUUCAAUCCACGAGCAACGGCCGAGCUUCGAAACUGCUUUUGAAGACAUCAAUCCGGGAAUGGUUCCGACCGAGCCUGGGGAGCAAUCGGCACCCAAACUGGCUCGAACUCCUUUUACCAAACCUCCGGCUCUAUUGUUCACCGAAGAAAUGCGCUCCAACCUGCUCAAAGACCUAUCAACGCGACUUCCACACGAGCAAAUGUCCAACUUCAGAUUGCCUAGUGCACCUGCGUUGCAGAAGUGUAUCCGGACGGCCGUCGAUGCUUUCCAUGUCCAUGUACCGAUCUUCCACCUUCAAACAAUGGACUUUGCAUCUGCACCUUCGCCUCUCCUUCUGGCAAUCUGCGCCAUCGGUGCCCUUUAUCGGUUGGAGCGGAAGAUUGCGGCGGCUUUGUACUUGAAAGCUGAGCAAGCCCUUUCUGCCUCGAGCAAGCGGGGCAGGGACCUCCAUAACAAACCACGCUUCCUGGAGGAUUGGAGCAGGCCGCCGCAGCAAGAGCUGAAAACACACCCCGAGACUCUUUGGCAAAGUCAAGCGCGUCUUUUGCUCAAGAUGUUUGCCACAUUCAGUGGAGAUCCCGAAGUCAUUUCCAAUGCGAUUGCUCAUCUGGGUGACUUCCUCAUCGACUUUCGGCAAUUGGCGCCUGGCGUGAAGGCUGGAAAAGCCGGCGUGGAAGACCUUACCUGGCAAGAGUGGAUCAACAGAGAGAGCAUCAAGAGGCUGCUUUACGGACACGUUCUGUACGGCAAUCUUGUGACGAUGACAUUCGGAAUACCACCGGGCUAUUCAAUUGUAUCAGAUGGGUACAUCGAGAUGCCGUGCGAUCAGAGUCUGUGGGAUGCUCCGAACGCCGAACAGUGGCAAGCACUUGCAGCCGUCAAAGGCAAGAGUUCACCGCUAUCGCUAAGAGAUGCGGUAUCUCGAAUCAUGUACGGCAACACUCCCAAAGCCGUGCCAGAAGAAUGCUGGUCGUGGUCACCUUUCGCCGUCAAUGUCGUCAUCAACGCCGUUUCCAUCCAACUGUGGCACAUUGCACAAGGCUCAUAUUUUCUGGGUGAACUGUCUGGCGUCGUGGGCAAGCCACAAGAGGCGCAGAAGUCACAGAUCUUGACUCAAGCCGAAGCCGCAUUGUCCCGAUGUCGAGCGCUGAUCACUCAAGCACGCACCGACGCAGACUAUGCAUGGACCGAAGCCGAAGGACCGCUGCUGUUCAAUUGUCUGGCUCUCCUGCGAGUCAGUUACUGCCGGGCCUUCACCGGUACAGGCGGGGCGGACUCGACAAUCCUUCUGAAAGAAAGUCACGAAGAGCUCAUGGCGUCGAUUGAAGAUUUUGUCGCCAUGCCACAGGAACGGAGCGAAUUGAUCACGAGAGCCGUCAGUCGGGCGUUUGAAGGCAUGUUGAUUCCCUAUAAGAUGGGCACUUCUCUGCUCAAAAAGACGGCUGCGUUGACUUGGGCUGUCGAGCAUGCUCUUGCUGGUUGGGAUGCUGCUCUGCUGGUCACGAAAUGGGUCCACGUAAUUGAGAUCGAAACGGCCCAAACAGGCGCCGUCAUUAGUGAGUUGGAAGAACAUACAAUGCGUACGAUCAGCAACUUGAUGGCCGAAGUCGAGGAUGACUCUUCAGCGGACCAAGGUAACGUGUCUGUAGCGGCCAAAUUGACACGGUAUUGGGCUGGGUUUUACGAUGAUACGUGGGUAUGGGGCGUUACGCCGCGGAUGGGUUGGGUCUUGAGAGAAUUGGCGAAUUGCUAUGAGAGUAAUUCGCCUGUUUCCUGAUGCAUGACACGCACGCAGAAUAGUAC